AUGGCGUCAGGAUACGAUAGAGCCCUUUCUGUAUUCAGUCCGGACGGACACGUUUUCCAAGUCGAAUAUGCCGGCGAAGCCGUCAAGCGAGGAACCUGCGCCGUCGGCGUGAAGGGCGCAGAUAUUGUUGUCCUCGGCUGCGAGAAGAGAUCAGCAAUGAAGCUACAAGACACACGCAUCACCCCCUCCAAGAUUGGUCUUAUCGAUACCCACGUCUGCCUCGCAUUCGCUGGUUUGAACGCCGACGCCCGAAUCCUUGUCGACAAGGCACGCCUAGAAGCGCAAUCGCACCGCUUGACCGUCGAAGACCCGGUUUCGAUUGAAUAUAUCACCAAAUAUGUAGCCGGUGUACAGCAACGCUACACACAAAGUGGUGGUGUGCGGCCAUUCGGUAUCAGCACUAUGAUCGUCGGCUUUGACAAAGGCAGCAAAGUUCCGAGACUCUACCAGACCGAACCAAGUGGCAUCUACUCUGCAUGGAAAGCAAAUGCCAUCGGCCGUUCCAGCAAGACAGUCCGGGAAUUCCUAGAGCGAAACUACAAGGAAGACAUGGACCGCGAGGCAACAAUCCGAUUAGCCAUCAAGUCGCUGUUGGAGGUUGUGCAAACAGGCGCAAAAAACAUCGAGAUUGCCAUCAUGGCUCCAGGGAAGAUUAUCGAGAUGUUACCAGUAGAAGAUAUCGAGGGUUACGUGAAGAACAUUGAGCAAGAGAAGCAAGAGGAGGCCGCCAAGAAGAAGACCGGCCGAACACCAGGACAGGGAAGCGCAGCCAUCUUGACGAGAGAACGAGAAGGUGGCAGCGAUUAGAUAGGGUCCAACUGAAACUUGACCAAGAGACGAAUAUCGCUUCAUGACUUGUACAAUACUAGACCAUAAGCAUGCAUUGGUGAUGGUUUUGGUAGAACAAAUCACCAUAGGUACCUUCAGCUUUUGCUGAAGUCGUCAUUUUCGUUGUCUUCUAAGUCUAAAUGUGUGGUAUCAUGUGAAGUUCAUCGCUCUACAGCCUAAAUUCAACCCCUAGUCCCUAGCCCUCGACCCCCCUAUCUUUUUUUAUUAUC